GCCAUCUCCAUCAUCCUUUCCUCUCUCUCUCCCAUCUCCGUCAGCCUUUUCUUUCUUCUUUCUAUUUAACGCACAAGACGAUCUGCGUGCAUCAACUGUGGUUAGACCUUGUAAAAUCACUGGCAACUUUGUUCCGAUUUGUUCCAAUCACCCUUCUGUCGAAAAGUGUAGCCUGGGAGCUCCCACGAACCCCCCGAUCUCUAAAUCCCGACCGUAACUUCGAACGUGACUCCGACCGUGACCACACCCGCAACCGCAACCGAACCCGUAGCAAUGAACAACCAGGGCCAGCCUGGCCAGCCAAACCCCAUGGCUGGCCAAGCCGUGCCUGGUGCGCGACAGCCGCCCAUGUACCGACCCGAGAUGAUGCGAAACCUCCCGAUUCUCAACGAUGAAGAGAAGGCCAAAUAUGAGAGGGGCCUCCGCCAACUGUGGAAUCACUAUGAGACGCAUCCCGAAGAGUCUGCUCAGCAUCAGGAUGCCAAGAAGAAGAUACAGGAUUUUACCAAAAUGCUGCUCAACAAGCUCCAGCAGAGGAGGAUGCAGGUCCAGCAGCAGCAGCAGCAGCAACAACAACAGGCAGCCCAGCAGCAACAACAAAGCCAGCCCGCGCAGCCACCCGCUCCAGUGCAACCUGCCCAGCCGGCACAGCCGCAACCACAACAACAGCAACAGCAACAGCCGGCUGCAGCAGCCAACCCAGGCACUACCGGAGGUGUCACCAUCAAGACGGAGCCCAAGACGGAGAACAACAACCCGUCUGCCACCGCAGAGCCUGCCCAAACCCCCACUCCAGCCCCGGCAGCUGUGCCGACUCCCACUGCGCCGCAACAAGCGCCGCAACAAGCGCCCCAGACGACGCAGUUCCCAGACCACAUCCUCGCCCAUAUUAGACAGAUGACCUUCAACCCGCCCCAGGGCAUCCUCGACAAGGGGCAGGAGAGCGCCGUCCGGUGGUCCAACGACUACAAGGCCAAGUACCUGCGCGCCCUGAUGCAGAUGGACCAGCAGGGCAAUCAGAUGAAGAGGAUCGACGUGCACAUCAAGAACCAGCAGGAGAAGGGCGUGCUCGGUGCCGACGAACAGAAGCAGCUCCAGAUCCGAAGAGACCACGCCCAGAAGAUGUACAACGAGGCUCACAGCUUUGUCACCAAUUUCCGUAAGAGCCAGGAGGCCAUCAACAAGGCAAGAGCGGCUGUGGCAGCUGCUGCCGCAGCGGGACAGACGGCGGCAAGCGCGGCAAGUGCGGCCGCGGCAGGUGCGAGUGCGGGUGCAGCAACGUCACGACCUCCUUCCCAGGCUUCGCAACAGCAACAACAACAACAGCAGCAAAAUAGCCCGGCCAUCGCGACAUCUCAGCCUCCUUCAACGCAGUCUGGUGGUGUUCAGGCAAGCCCUGCUCCGACCGCGCAAAGCACCCCCGCUAUGCAGAACGCCCAGAACCCCACGACUGCUGUCAACGCUGCCAUCGAAGCAGCUAAGAAUCAACAGAUGACCAACGCCGCCGCUGGUCGAGGCACUCCUCCCCAGCAACAGCAACAGCUGCCUCCCCAACAGGCCCAGCAGCAUCAACAACAACAGGCUCAACAGCAAGCCCAACAACAACAUCAACAACAACAACAACAACAACAGCAGCAGCAGCAGCUUCAGCAGCAACAGGCUCAGCAGCAGCAACAGCUUCACCAGCAGCAAUUCCAGCAACAGCAGGCUCAGCAGCAGGCUCAGCAGCAGGCCCAGCAGCAGGCCCAGCAGCAGGCACAGGCUCAGGCAGCAGCUCAAGCCCAAGCCUCCACUCCCUCGGCCCAGACCCCGACUACUGCUACUCAACCUGCUCAAAUACAACCCGGUAUGGCGCAAGGCCAGCAUCAUCCUCCACCUGUCAACACCGCCAUUGCUUCCGUUUCUGCAGGUGGGCUUCCUUCGGCAGGCACUCCCACCCAGCGCGUCGCCACUCCCCAGUCGGCUGUUCCCCCCGGUCCCGGUCAAGCUCUCAGCCACUCGGCCGCCGUCUCUCGCGCCAACCAGCGCAUGAACUCGCAGACCUCGGCCAUGCCCUCUCAGCAGCAGCAGCAGCAGCAGCAGCAACAGCAGCAGCAGGCUACUGGUACUCCUGGCUCCGCCGGCGCUCACGCACAAGGUGUCAUGGGAUCCGGAGCCGUUCCGCAACAACAGCACGCCCAUCCUACCCAACCGACCCAGACGCUACAGUCUAAGCUCCCCAUUCCUAAGCAGCUCCCGGAGAAGGCGACUGCUGUUCCUCAGCCCGUCGCCAUGGCUGGCGGUGCUGGCGCUGGUCGUCCUACCUACACGGGCGGUGGCGGCAUUGCUGGGGGUGUUAUGGGACAGCCAGCGAUGGCUAAGAUCCCCGCCUAUGUCCACGAGGCCGAGGGUGAUCAUGUUCUGAGCAAGAAAAAGCUGGACGAGCUUGUUCGCCAGGUCUGCGGCGGCAACGCUGAGGGCCAGGAGAUCAACAUGCUGACCCCAGAGGUCGAAGAGAGCGUCUUGGCCAUGGCCGACAGCUUCGUCGACAGUGUCCUCGAGACGGCUUGCCGCAACGCCAAGGAGCGCGGCUCCAAGGUCCUCGAGAUCCGCGACAUCCAGCUCGUACUCGAGCGCACCUACAACAUCCGCGUUCCGGGCUACUCGUCGGAUGAGUUGCGCACAGUCCGCAAGAUCCAGCCAUCCACCGCCUGGAUCACCAAGAUGAGCGCCAUCCAAGCUGCUAAAGUCACGUCUGGCAAGGGCGAGUAGGACCGACCCUCCGACACACCGCAGCCAGCGACGGCUAGAAAGCGCGCCCACGCGAAGCGGGCCUCGGCGAAGGACGUCCAGUCCAACCGGGGAGAGGACGGAGACGCAGAUAUUGAUACGUCUCCGGCGAAAUCGAAGACUCGGGCCCCUAAGCCUCGAUCGCGCAAGAACCCCGCAUCUUCCGCCAAGACGGCACUCGAUCAAGCUCUUGCCCCAGCUCAGGCCACCAACCCUUACAUGUUGCCGUACGCGCCCAGCGAUGGUGGACAAAACAGUGGCUCGACAGUCGCAAGCCAUGUCGAGAUCAACUUGGUCAAGAAGUAGACAAGCCCUGGCAGCAAGAUGAAUUUCGGCCAAUGAAUAAGCAAGGAUUGGAAUUCGCGGACUUUAUCACGGGAUAGGUCAGGAUGCAGGACAGGGGCGUUUGGUAAGGUCAUAGAUAGCAGUUGUUCGAUGGCAUCACAGAAGCCGCGACUGUCAUCGAGUCUGGCUCUUAGGUUUUCUAUCUUAUACCCAAAUUGAUGCGACACGUCUCUCAUUGCAACUCCCGACAAGUGACGUUGUUGUCAGCAGUGUGUUGCGAGCCAGCAAAG